AUGUCGUUGGCUUUGAGAAAGACUUUGGGCGUUGCUCGUUUCUCGAUGAGAACAGCUAGCUUCCAAGCUGUUCCAACCAAUGCCGGAAAGACUCCACCAACCCUCGAGCAAUUCGAUCCACUGAACCCAGGAGAGUGGCAACUCGGAGCUGGAGGAAAAAUCCUUCCUCGUCUCCCAGAAGGAACUAAGGUCGGUAAUCUCGUUAUGGGCAAGUACGGUCUUUACGACCCGGUUCUCAAGAAGAGAGUGGACACCUAUGCAAACGCUCUUCUCGAGGGAAAGAAGUCUGAGGAGGCUGGACCAUUUGACGCCGCUGUCAGCAAGAUCGCUAAGGUUCUCUCCUACAUCUGCUUCGUGAUCGCCAUUUACAACCUCAUCUCGUUGGUUGUUGGAAAGCCACUCCCACCAUUGAGCCACGUCAAAGCUCCAGGAUCCUAA